GAGGAGGAGGAGGAGGUACAGGGACUGGAUCUUUAUGUGGACCACAGCGCAGAAGAGGAUGAAGAAGGUGAGGAGGAGGAGGAUGGGGAAGGCAAAGAGGAGGACAUAGAUGAAUUUGAAGAUGAAGAUGGGGACCUGUCCAUGGAAAGCGACUUGGAGGAGCGCCUUCAGGACACCAAGCUCCCACACGAGCUCUCCUGGGGCCAACGCAAGCAGCUCUACUACGACACGGACUACGGGAGCGAUGCCCAGGCCAAGGGCAAGCGUAGCCAGCAAGAAGUCGAUGCUGAGGAGGAAGAAGAGGAGCAGGAGGCUCAAGUCAUCCAGAGGCGGUUGGUGCAAAACUUGGGAGAAGAUGAUUACGGGCUGGAUGUGAUCCAGGGCUAUCUGGCUGAGCGGCAGAAAACCCACGAUAGCAAGGGGCAGAAGAUUGACAAGGAUUUGCAGGCCCUUUCCAAGAAGGAGAAGCUGAAGCUACUGAAGCAGGAGUCCCCUGAGCUCUUGCAGCUGAUUGAGGACUUUGAAGUCAAGCUAAUGGAGCUCAAGGACGAACUGCACCCGCUGCUGCAAAUGGUCAAAAAUGGCACUAUCCCGCAAGGGAAAGGCAGUCGCUAUUUGCAGACCAAGUAUCAUCUCUACUUGAAUUACUGUGCCAAUAUCAGUUUCUAUCUGGUUUUGAAGUCCAAGAGGAUGCCGGUUCAUAGUCACCCCAUUAUCGAACGGCUGGUUGCUUAUAGAAAUAUAAUCAAUGACCUAGCUGUUAUAGAUCAAAAGUUAUCCUCACAAGUUCGCAUGCUUUUGAAAAGCUACUAUGAUAAGAAGGAAGAUAAAUUACGGAAGGAGAAGAAGUUUGCGGUGUUUCUCCCACUGGAUGUUAAGAAAAACAAAUCAAAAAGCGCUCCUGCACUUGCUAGUGGCCGGGCUACUGCUGAUGAACCAUCAGAUGAGUCGGACCUGGAUGAAGAGGCUGCCCUAAAAUACUAUAAGAUGAUGGAGGAGAAGUUGAAACUCAAGAGGAAGAGAACUGAAGACCAAGACACGCUUGAAGAAGACGUGGAGUUAGAAGGAGAGGAUCCAAACAAAAAGAGAGGUGUGACCUAUCAGAUGAUCAAGAACAAAGGCCUCACGCCCAGAAGGAAGAAGAUCGAUCGCAACCCCCGGGUCAAGCAUCGGGAGAAGUUUCGGCGAGCCAAGAUUCGCCGCAAGGGCCAGGUCCGUGAAGUUCGGAGGGAGUUGCACAGAUAUGCCGGGGAACCGUCUGGCAUUCGCGCAGGAGUUAAGAAAAGCAGGAAGCUUCGGUGAUACUGAUUUUUGUCUGUUUCUGAGAGCUGCGAGUAGCACUACUGAAUCCAAUAAAAAUUUUA